AUGGACCUCGUAGCAGCUGCCGGUACGUACAAGGAGGUUAUCGUGGAGAUGGACCCAGGUGUCUCACAGUGGUGCACAAUGGGAGGACAAGCGACAACAACCUCUGUCGAAACCUUGGAAGUGAAUUGCCAGCUGCUUGUGAACAGUCUGAUCCCGCCGGUAGUCUGGUCCCUUGUGAGAACCUUCACUCCUUUUUACUUUCUGGUGGAGCCGAUGGACGUUCUGUCAGUUCGCGGAGCGUCCGUUAUAAUGAACUGUUCAGCUUAUUGUGAAACUUCCCCAAAAAUCGAGUGGAAAAAAGACGGGACUUUUCUCAACUUGGUGUCAGAUGACCGUCGCCAGUUGCUACCGGAUGGAUCUUUAUUAAUAAACAGUGUGGUGCAUUCCAAGCAUAAUAAACCUGAUGAAGGAUAUUAUCAAUGCGUGGCGACUGUGGAAAGCCUGGGGACCAUUGUCAGCAGAACGGCAAAGCUCACGGUAGCAGGCCUGCCCAGGUUCACCAGUCAGCCAGAGCCAUCAGCCGUGUAUAAAGGAAACAGUGCAAUCCUCAACUGUGAAGUCAAUGUUGACCUGGCUCCGUUCGUGAGGUGGGAGCGGGAUCGUCAGCCGGUCUUUCUGGACGAUCGUGUGUUCAAAUUGCCGAGUGGAGCUCUAAUUAUUAGCAACGCCACUGACACGGAUGGAGGGCUGUAUCGCUGCGUCGUUGAAAGUGGUGGGACCCCCAAAUACAGCGAUGAAGCAGAGCUCAAAAUUCUUCCAGAUCCAGAGGUGCCCCAGAACUUGAUGUUUGUGAGGCAGCCCUCUUCACUUACUAAAGUGACCGGGCAAAGUGCGGUUUUUCCAUGCGUUGCCGUAGGAUUUCCAACUCCAUAUAUCAAGUGGACAAGAAACGAAGAAGAACUUAUCACAGAAGGCUAUGAAAGAUUUCUUCUGCUUGCGGGAGGCAGCCUGGAGAUCCGUGGUGUCAGGGAGGAGGACGUCGGGACGUACACCUGUGUAGCGGAUAACGGCAACGAGACCAUUGAAGCUCAGGCAGAACUGGCAGUUCAAG